AUGUCCAAAGAUUUUGAGAUGUCUUUAUUCUUUGUAAUAACCCACGGAUUUAUUCUAAAUCAAGACUAUUAUAAUUGCACAGAUCCUGAGGCUAUUCAAGGAACUCGUAUCAAAUGGCCAUAUCUGGGAUGGUAUUUUAUCAUUUCCGGUGGCUUUUUUAUUAUCCUCUUUAUUCCAUGUAUUAUUGUUGGGCUCAGAAGUGAACUAAUCAAAUCGUCUUGUUAUAAGAUAAUGUUUCUCUCUUCAUCUUUUGAUAUUUUACAACUAAUAGCCGGAUCUCUUGCCACCGGAUUCUAUGGAAUUCAAGGCUCUAACUUUUGCGACUUCCCAAAAUCAAUUUUCUCCCUUGGUGCAAUCGGAUGUGGAGCCUGGUUUGGUGGAUGUAUCUCUUGUGUUACCCUAGCAAUCAACAGAUGUUGCGAUAUUGAUCCGAACUUGAAGCUACGAUGGAUUUUCAACGGGAAUAAAGUAUAUGUUCCACUUUUUCUAAUCAUGUUUUAUGCAUCUUGUGGCGCUUUAUUCACCAAACCACCAUUAUUCCGAUCUGAUUACAUGUCUUGGUUUUUUGAUCCUCGAGUGAAUAACCAUCCAGAAUUCUACACUAAUAUGCUAUUCACUAUGAAUAAUUGUUUGGUCUCAAUUUUCACAACGAGUUGCUAUGUUUAUCUUUGCAUUUUAUUGAGAUACAAAUCCAGACAUUCAACAAACUCAAAUGUGAUUAACAAAACGCAGAAACAGGUAUUCCUUCAAUCCGUGAUAAUUUGCUCUUUCAACGCAGUCGCUGCCUAUACCUACGUCUAUAUGCAAUAUUUCUACACUCCCCCAGUUGCAAUUAUACUUGGACAUAUUACCUGGCAAUUGAGUAAUGGAUCGGUUUCGAUUGUUUAUCUCACACUUAAUGGGACAAUCAAAAGAGGAGUUUAUAAAAUGAUAAUUCCAAAGAAGUUUCAAAAAGUGACAAUGGUUCAUAAUUCUGUCAGUCGUAUGAUGACUCGAUCAACUGUUGAUGUAAUUGUCAGAUUUUAA